GACAAGCACCAGAGACCACUCAAAACGCUUAUUCUUUAGGUGUUUGAUGGAAAAGAGGAUCGAGGCAGACAAUUGGACCAGUAUGCCUCGGAAUAAAGAAGCGUGCUACUACAGGGUCUAAUCCAAUGGUUGACCACAGAUAUCUGCACAUUUGCUGCGCUGCCUGUCACGAUGUCGAGGAAAACCUAGCAGAGGUGGUUUUACUCAGACAACAAGCCUCAUAUACCUGUCACAUAAAUCAGGUUGAAUUUCAUACCCCGCCGCUAUAUUCUUCAUUGUGUCUAGUUCCUGUUUAAGAACCAAGGCCCCUGUUUUUUAAACAAUAUUUACUCUUUUUCCGGGCACUAUUCUCUGCCUUAUAUCCAUUUCGUCUACACUCUAAUAUUUAUCAAUGACUCCGCCGAGCAGACAAAGAAACCCAGCUCUGGCUGGUAGGCCUGGUCGCUUGAAACUCAGCGUGGAAGAAGCCAUCAGACAAGCUUCCUCUCGCUCGCGGUCGCCCACUACACUCAGUCCUAUCUCCAAGGAUCGAUCGAGGCGUCGAAGUAGUUCGUCGACUACUUCUCACACGGUUGAGUCAUUCCGAAGGCGGGCCAGAAGUGACAGGCACUUUGAUCCUCUGGGCUUUCAAACCCAGGCGAAUCAACACGAAACUUCCAUAUCGUUUCCACCUCUCGGCUCUCAGGACUCUUCGCCAUUCCCUCGAUUAUCCGUUGACGAGUCCGCCGUUUUCACAGACGAGGAGCCUCCAAGCCAAGGCCAGUCUCCUAUUGCUCAGCUAUCCGGGCCCAACUGGCAGACGCCAGCACAGCCCCUUCCAAGCGCCCUAAGAACUCAGUCAGCACGAGUCAAAGAUGGACAGAUGAUCCGGGUUACUCUCAAAACCCAGACCACCGAAGUACCGUGUAUUGCCAAGUGCUACCUCACUCGGGAUUUGAGUGUCGUCGAUAACGACUUUGCUCGCAACUGGGGCGUCAAGAUACAUCCAGUACCUAAACCUCGCUGGAAGGACGCCCGGCACUGGUGCGUGCUGGACGUAAUUGACGUGGAAACAAUUGGCAGUGUUCAAAAGCAACUGUCAAUUCGGCUUGGCAAGCUUCCAGACCAGCGGGUCAGCGUUGAGCUUGGCAUUGAUGCACUCAAAGCUCUCCAUCUAGUUGAUGAAACUGAACAGUUAUCUCGAUCUGCACCUCCUAGCCAAUAUCUACCAUGGACUGGCAUCAGCCCUCCUUACAUGCAGCAGCCUCAAGAUAUCCUCGGACCGUAUGUGCUUACACCUCCAGCACCACAACAAUUUCCCACUGGUCGUAAUCGUGCUCUUACAGUACCGUCGAUACCUUCUAUUAGGAUAGAUACAUCGUUCGACACUUCACUUUCGGUGCCAAAAUCUGUGGGCGACUCAGGUUCUGGCGAAGAUUCAAGUUCACCUUGGGAUUGGGAUGCUCUGUCGAUAGCAUCUCAAUCAUAUCAAGAAGAUGACCCGAGCGCCUGGAGUCCGGCUGUUUCGGACUGUGGUGGUCUUUCCUCUUCUUUUGACACUUGUAUGAAAUAACAGUCCGCGACUGGGGGAUUUCUACUUGAUAAUCUUUGCUUCCUUUCCUUGGUGUAGAAUGGCGUUGAUCUUGUAUUAAAAUUCUUAUGUUCUCUAAUAUUGAUACCCAGUUCGGGAAUGGCGGUGUCACGAAUCAGUUUCGCCAAUCUUUAACAACUUAAAACAUUGGGAGUCGGUUAUUUCCUUGUGACAAUUGGGGGACCACGUGCUUACCAGACUCAGAUCAAAUCGUCAUUUUUUGGAGUAUUUCUUACUUUGCUAGCCACCUCGUGACGCAAGAGCGAAAGCAGUUGGAGAAGUUCCCCCGCGCUGAAAGCUGGGGAAAUAACAUGUGAUCAAACACUAAAAGAGCCGCUAGCAACGCCAAGAC